AUGGAAGACUCCCAGUCCCAGGCAUGGUGGCAAGCCCAAUUUGAUCACCAGCAAUGGCUUAAUCGCUCAACUUCAACUCGCGGGAUACUACACCCGCAGCCACAACCUGAGUUCGACCUGACAACUGUGCCAGACAGUGAUAGCGGCGCUCAGACUGACGAAGGAUUUCAUCACGUCGAAUAUUUGUUGCCACAAUGGCAGGCGCCUAGUACCCAUGGCAGCUUCGACUCAUCGGAGGCGCCCAUGUCACAGCCAAUGUUAGCGCAAUUUGGAAACUCGAACUCAGGACUAAUCCCUCCCUCACUGCCGCAGUCGCAGGUGCAAGUGUCGGCUCAACUAGCAGGCUCACUGAACUCAGGGCUCAUCCCCUCCUCAUCGCCGCAGUGGCAGCAAGUGCCGGCGCAAAUUCGAGGCUCAACCCCAAGGCCAAUCCCUCCCUCACUGCUGCAGUUGCAGGAACAUGUACCACAGCCAGUAUUGGCCCAAAUGGGAGGCUCGCUUAACCCAGGGCUUAUACCAUUGCCGCAGUGGCAGCAAGUGCCGGCGCAAUUUGGAGGCCCGAACUCAGGGCUGAUUCCCCCUUCACUACCACAGUUGCCGGCGCAUGUCCCACAGCCAGUGUCCGUUCAAAUUGGAGGCUCGAACUCGGGGCUCCUCCCCUCACAGCCGCAAUGGCAGCCAGCGCUGGCGCAAGUUGGAGGCUCGAACUCAGGGCUAAUCUCUCCCUCAUUACCACAGUUGCCGGCGCAUGCCCCACAGCCAAUGUCGCUCCAACUCAGAGGCUCAAAAUCGGGGCUCUUCCCCUCACAGCCGCAAUGGCAGUCAACGCUGGCGCAAUUUGGAGAUUUGAACUCAGGGUUGAUCCCCCCCUCGCUGCCGCAGUGGCAAGCUUCCGUACCACAGUCAGUGCCUGCGCAACAUGGAGGCUCAAACUCCAGGCUCUCCCCCUCACAGCUGCAUUGGCAGGCGCCGUCAUCAUCUGACUCUCGACCUUUUUGCCCCCCUUUGUCCGACACCAAUAAUUCGGAGUCCCCCAUUGACCCAUUCCAAGCGAAUAUAACCGAAAAUCUGUGUCGCGUCAGGAGUAUUCGCAUGAGUCACAAGCGUGAUAGCGAGAAGUUCACAGCUUUUGGUGAUGCAAAGCGUGCACGCACCACAAGAACGCGCGAGGAACGCAAACUAGAUCCCGUAAUGCCAGAUGUACUCAAGAGAUUUAAGGAGUCGACACGUAAGGAAAUGGUACAGAGGACAUUUGAGAACGGCCUUUUCCCUACGGUGGAUGAAAUCGCUACGAUGGCGAUUGCGGCACUUGACGCCACGAUCGGCCCUGACGACGCGCGCCUUAAGCAAUGGAGUACGACGCAGGAGGGUCGGCGUCUGGUCAGCAAGCUGAAGGGAACCGUGAAGAACAUACACUCCGAUUUCCAAAAGGUGGCUCCGAUCAUUGUACUUGCAUCACACCAGUCUUUAGUCGAACUGUUGAUGACUAACGCGGACAUGCAAGCAUCGCAAGCUGCUAGGAUUGACAAUUUGGUGGAUGAUAUUUCAUCUUUUGAUGUAGCUAUCCAGUGGCCUUCGGAGGAUGGUCACGUCAGAUCAGUCCAGGCGCCGUUGGGACACUCUUCUGUUACUGCGCUGUUGGAUUAUGUGUUACGAAUGAAGAAAUACUCGAAAUAUCUAUGCACGGACACAGGUAACUGGCAGGCCCGUUUUACACAUGCCUUCGCCUUUUCAGCAGCUACAUGUCGCGGCGAGUUACGGAAACACGCACAAUCAGGCUGGGACAACGCAGUUGCUGACAACUUUCAGACCAACGGGGUUGAGGUGGCAUAUAAUCAGUAUCUAGGGUACAUUUCCUCCUUGGUUGGAGAUCAAAGGUCGAUAUUUGAUCAGAUGUUGUCCGGCAUGUGCCAAAAAGAAGUGCAUCAUGAUCUUCGCCGGUAUAAGAUAGUGCAGAACUCGCCUGGAAACGCCGUCAAAGUCCAAGUUUCACAAAGAUGUCAUCACCUAACCCGCGUACCAGACGGCGGUCAUGACACUGGCCAUGAAUUACAGACCAUUUCCAGCGGCUUCUACAUGGAAAGCGUCAACGUCAAUGUGUCAUGGCUCUGGCUCUGGUGUUUAAGUAGGAAUAAGGAUAGCGGGAGCCGGUGCAAGAAGUCAAUCUACUUUCGCCUCGAUUUAUCCUUUUCUUCCUUUCUCGUUGCUCAAGUUCAUAUGCUGAUGGAAGACAACCCCCAUCCUGGAACAUCGUCCCAGGUGGGAGACACCUCGCGGCCUAUCACAGCGUCGUCCACAGCUGUGACGACGUCUGAGAAUACUCAACAGAAACAGCAAAUCUCUGACCUAGUAGUCACGGUAGUAGAGGAGAAGCCGCAAGUGCUUGAGUCCGAGUCAGGCCACACGAUGAAAAGUAUCGAAGACUUACCAAGUGAGAACGAUCACGAAAAUGACGAUGACCACAGUGUGAGUCUCAUCAUCGGGCAUGAUCGUUUGCGAAUUGGACUCGAAUAUGCAACCCUGAACGACGAUCAUUUGCAUACGCCAAGAAAGCGAUCUCGCGAUGAAGGACGAGUCCGGCAGGAUCUGAUUGUCGCCAAUACUAAACUCCGACUAGGAGUCACGACACAGGCCCAGCAUCAGCUGCGAGACUCGCAGAACCGAAUUGACUCUCUUCACUCACAAGUAUUUGAUCUGCGAGAGAGGUUGUAUGACGUCGAACGUGCCUGCAACAUUGCAGAGAUGUAUGUUGAGAUGUUGCAGACGUCGGGAUUGGGUGAUCGGCGCCGUAAGAAUCUUUCCAAAAGGAAGACCAUGAUGCACGAACAUUACCCAGAUGGUGGACAGUCGAUCAGAUGGGUUACAGACGAAGAAUUUGGACCGUAUGAUAACUCGUCUGCUGAAGAAGGCCCACCCGUUACCCAGGCCGUUGCAGGGCCGUUGGCAUGCGGAUUAGCAGCCAGCCAACGCCUGACUUUAUCUCGCCAACAACUGGCUUGGCGUCGUUUACAAGCAGCCAAGAACGCUAGCGUAUACAACGAGCCUUCCAGUCCUACCUACCCCCGUGUGGAUGGCACCCCAGAAGUCUGA